AUGACUCUACCCAUCUCGCCAGUUUCUUGCUCGUCAGGUGGCCAUAUAAAAGAGGCCCCUUCGCCGCUUCCAAGGUCGUUCAGAGUCGUGCCUACCAUAAUCGCUCCCUUACAAACACCUCCGACUUUUGGUCAACGCCACCAAACAUUUGGACAUCUGCCUCCAAUCGUUACAGACAACAUCAACACACUAUCUCCCCCUCAUUAUCAUCAGGACUUCAACAUGCCUUCGCCUAGACAAAGCGCAUCAAGAGUCCCUUCCAAGAAGGGCACCUGGACGGAAGCCGAGGACAAAGCUCUCCAGGAGGCAAUCCGCGCCCGGGGUGGACCUUAUGAGUGGGUUCAGAUCUCAAACGCCAUGCACGGCGCGAGGACACCCAAGCAGUGCCGUGAGAGAUACCACCAGAACCUCAAGCCAUCGAUCGAUCACAGGCCCAUCACCGAGGAGGAGGGCAGACAAAUCAUCGAGCUGGUCAACCAGAAUGGCAGGCGCUGGGCCGAUAUCGCGAGGACGCUCCAUAACCGCACGGACAACUCGGUCAAGAAUUGGUGGUGCGGCCGCCAGAACAAGCUGAAGAUGGCCGAGAAGAAGCAGCAGGCACAGAGAAAAGCCGAGCAAGAUGCCAAGGCAGCCGCAAAGCUGGCGUCAGUCGGCAAUGGACAGCGCUUCCGCAUGCCCGACGUGCCCAGGGUUGACCCACGGGAAAUCGCCGGCCAGAUGCCUCUUCCUGGAUCGCCGAGCUACAGCCACCGUCAGGAGCAAGAGUUUCAGCACCAGAGCCAUCAGCGCCGUUUUGGUCAGACGCUCCAGGAGUACGAGGAUGAGCGCCGAUACAGGCACAAUGGCCACCACCAGUUACACGCCCCCUCGUCGCCCGACGAGCAGGGUUGGGCCUUCACCAACAACGGCCGUCCGGUGUCUCGCGAGUCACUGCCGUGCUUGACCCACGAGGUCGAGUCGGUCUGCACCGACGAGGCGAGGUCUCCCGCAAGGCUUCCUGGCAUUCAGUCUCUGGCGCCUUCGCCCAUCAUCGGCCACGAGAGCCGAAGGAACUCGUACUACGAGACGCUGCCUCCUCUGUCGCCCAUCUUCAAGCACUGGCAGGACAACAAUAACAGCUACCGCCCCAACGGAAAGGCUCGCGAGGCCAACUCCUCGGCCAAGUGCUCGAUCGCCUCCAUCAUGAACUAA